UCUGAACGGAAAGGGUAGGUACAAUGCUGAUUGGAUGGCCAAUAUGUCACUCUAAUGAGCCCGGAGAAAAACGAAUUGCACGCGUAAAGAAAAAUAAAACUCUAAACGUUGCAAGCAUGUAUUGCCCUUACUGUGGCAAGAAUUUUGCUGAUCUGCCGAAUUUUUGUAGUGGUUGUGGCAAAGGGUUGCAGACUUUAAAAGAAACCAGCAAGCCAAAAGAAACGACUGAAACGAUGAACGAAUCAUCUUCAGGUAACGUUUUGUGAAGCUAGCAAGCUGGCUAUUUAGCUAGCUAAAUUAGCUUGGGUAGGGUAUACUUAGCUAUCAUUCUAGCUACUUGGGUCAUUUUAACGAUAGCUAGCAACAAUUGUUUUGCUUUUAGUGUUACUAAACCCAACGUUAAACCAGUUUAUGAGCUACCGCAAGAAGAAAUCGGAAGAAAGAUCAAAUUUUUCCUUGCCUAGAAAGGCAGGGAAAAAAACGGAGAAACAGAAGAAUGUACAGAUAAACGUUGGAGUCAUGGCAGAAUGGGGGUUUGAAGCCAGUACGUGGGAAAACUCUUGUAUUGACCACACAUUGAAAUCACAGGACCACAACUCCUCACGCAAGCAGUGAAAAAAAUAAAGGAUUUCAACAAAGACAUGGAUGAUGGGCCGUACGUCCUUCUAUAUCCAGACGGAUCCCAAGUCACUACUGUCCCAGGGACACACAAACCUUUUACACUAAAGGAAUACAAAGAAGAAAUAGGCAAGACCUAUCAACGACUGAACUUCUUUAUAUGUCCUGAAAAAGACUUGAAAGAUCAUGAACACCUUUCAGAGAAUUCGGAAUCUGACAAUGAGGUUGUCAUUAGAAGUAGGACUGCUGCUGAGUUUGAACAUGCUGACACACUGCCAUUUGAACCUCAGCUUGAAAGCACUCCAAAUGUGAAAGAGAUUCAUGAGAGUGCAGCACCAAAGAUAAUACCUAAUUCAGAUGAUGCCAUUCCAAGUACUUCAGGACAUUUAGCAACCAAGAGCACGUCAUACAGCAUUUACACAGAUCUCUAUGCACCGAUUGUCAUUACUGAUAGUGACGAGGAGGUAGAUCUCAGUGAUACUGGAAAAAGUCAGGAAGUCCUAGAGAACCCUGAGAACCCGACUGAGCAUACAAGUGUAUCAGUGCCUGAUAUCAUUGAAAAUUUGGCCCUUGCCAUCGACCACAAAAAAGUCAGCAGGUUCAACAUAGCCAGGUCAAAUGUAUGGGAUGGAGCUGUCCGAGGGUUUAAACGUGGGAUGUAGUGGAAAUGUUGGUCAUAUGCAUAGAUGUAUGUGUAUGAAAUCUAUAAUCUUCUAUGUUCAUUGGUAAGA